GGGAGUAGGGGACCCUAAUGGCAAUUUCACUGCCUUUCAUGGUUGGUCUUUGGUCCCCUAGCAAGCCACUACCAUUAUUAUUCAAGUGACUUCCUUUAAAAAUUAACAUCAAACCCUAAACAAAAUUAUUAAGGACCAAACUUUGAAAUGUAUGUCCUAAAGAGAAGCCAUGCAUGCAGUCUUACAGCCCCACACUGUCCACCAAAACCAUUCCUCCAAGUGAAUGUCUGCAAAAGCUCAACUAUAUCAUGCCCCCUCCCUUUCCUCUUUUCCCAUCUCCUUAUAAAUCUCCUCCAAACCCAAGUUUCACUCUCAUAUUUCUCAUAUAUUAAACAACUCCAUAUAUAUGGAUCAAGAAGAAGGCAAGACUUCAUCAGCAUUCACCUUUGAUGUAGAGGAAGAUGAAGCCUUAUCUCUCUCUGAUCUCCCAGUGUCAACCACUACCAAUGAAGAUAAGGUCAGCUUUAGGGACAAGAAUGAAGACAGUACUAUCAAGUCACCAGAGAAUGAAGAGUUUGAGUUUAGGACUUGGGGUUCUUCUGGGUUGUGUGUUGCUGAUGAAGUCUUCUUCAAGGGACGAAUACUUCCUCUUCGGCCAUCGAUAAGUUCUGAUACUUGUGUUUUUGUUCCCAGCCGGAGCUCAAGCAGUAGUAGCAGAAGCAGUAGUUGCAUUAGCAGGAGUCACUCAUCAAGUAGUAGUAGUACUGGUGGCCAAAUAGUAGCUCCAAGACCACAUGCAAUGAUCUCUAAUAACUUUUAUGCUCAUCCAAGUCCAAGUCCACAGCUCCGGAGAGCUAAUGCUGGUAGGAGAAGCACUGGUUCAGCUCCGGUGGGGUGGUCUGUCUUCCGGUUAGGUCUUGUACAAGCUCCGGAGAUUGAAAUACAUAAUCUGAGAGCUAGGAGAGUUGCCAGUGUUGAGAGUAGUAGUACUAGUACUAUAGGUAGUAGAAGCUUUAGAGAGCUUUGUUUUAGUAGUGUUGUUAAAGCAAAGAGUGUUAGUGAUCAUCAAAACAAUGGUAAGGUGGUAGAUGAGAAGAAAGGUCCUUUGAAGUUCUUUGGAUUAGGGUUUGCAUGCAAGUGCUCUCCUGACUCAGUGGAAAAGCAUGAACAGAAGAUGAUGAUGGUGAAGAGUAAGAAAAAGAAGAAGAGUUCUUCUGAAGAGAAGAGAGGGGAAAGUGUAAGGCAAAGGAGAAUAUUUGAAUGGUUGGAAGAGCUUAGUGUUGCAAGGAUGAUGGUGUAAUAGAUUAAAGGUGGUUUUUACUUAAAGCCUUAUCUUUGUUAGCUUU